AGAGACGGAACGACAGGAGUGUGUGUGUGUGUGUGCGUGUGUGUGUGUGUGGGAAAUUCACAAGUGACGCGACUUCGCACUUCGACAGAAAGGACGCUUGCAGACCCCCGCCUCCAGCGCGCCAGCCACACACGCACUCAUUAUAACCGGAGGACCGAGCUGCGUUUCUAAUCCAAACAAUCUCAAGGGAAAGAAAUUUUGAACUUAUUUCCGAGAACAGGAACUUUUCUCACCAAGAUGUUUGAGAUCUUUUUAGUGAUGCUGUGUGGACUGACAAGCCGUGUAGAGACCAAAGAUGCAGACAAUAAAGGAAGGUUCAACUCUCCAGUGCUGGAUGUAACUGAACGACAGAUCAUCCUUGAGAAGAACCAGAUGCUCCAGCUGAACUGCAGGGGCCGAUGGGAGCUGGAGUGGGUGUUCCCAUCAGGUGUGAGCAAGAGCCACCCGAGUGCCCGUGUAGUAGACACUCGCUGUGGCAGGCGGGCAAACCAGUACUGCAGCCGCCUUACCCUGAGUCCUGCCUUAGCCCAGCAUACAGGCACCUACCGCUGCCGCUAUUCUCGCAAGCAGCGCAAACACACCUCCGUCUACAUCUUCAUCACAGAUAGCCAGCAGCCAUUUGUAAAGGUGCCAAAAGAGAUCCCAGAUGUGGUCUACAUGAAGGAAGGACAAGACUUAGUGUUCCCCUGCAGGGUCACUAACCCAUACACCAACGUCUCCUUGGUCAAAUUUCCUAACCGACGACUUGGCACCGAUAACAAGAACAUCAUUUGGAAUAACAGAAAGGGCUUUGUUAUCCGAAGUCCCACGUACUUCUACAUUGGCCUUUUUUUCUGUGAAACCAUCAUCAAUGGGACAAAAUACACCAACAAGUUUUUGACUUACAGACCAGUGAAUAAGAUCCAAAAGGUAUAUCUGAACAGCACUGGCUUAGUACAGGCUCUGCGAGGAGAGAGGCUGGCCUUAAACUGCACCGUUACAGCUGAGUGGAACUCGAGAGUGAACAUUAACUGGAAUUAUCCUGGAAAGGCCAAUAGUAUGGUUUCAAUCAGUCGGCGUAUCACACAGAGUAAGACCAAUGUGGUGUUCUACAGCAUUCUCACGGUCCAUAAACUGCUCAAGGAAGAUAAAGGUGUCUACACAUGCCAUGUGACAAGUGGACCAGCAAAGCGGGAAGUCAACACCUCAGUUAUAGUUUAUGAUCAGCCCUUCAUCAAGUUAAAGUAUAGAAAUGGUUCAUUGCUACAGGCAAAUGCAGGGCAGAAAUCCUUUCGCCUGUCGCCCAAAUUACGGGCUUUCCCUAAACCUGAAGUCAUCUGGAUGAAAGAUGGGGUGGUGGCAGCUGAGCAGUGUUCGCGUUACCAUGUAGACGGUUAUUCUCUGGUGAUUCGAGAUGUUGCAGAGGAGGAUGCAGGGGUCUAUACCAUCCUCACUCGAAUCCAGCAGUAUGGGCUUCAUCAGAACCUCACACUCUCACUUGUGGUGAACGUUAAGCCUCAGAUUGGGGAGAAAGCUGUAGCAGUGCGGGACACAGCAACCAUGCCACGGUCCAGCAGGCAAGUCUUACGCUGCACUGCUCACGGCAUCCCAUCGCCUCAAAUCCAGUGGCUCUGGCAUCGCUGCCCUUCUAAAGGCCUAUGCGAGGAGCUGGUUUCCUCCUCCUGGACUCCAGUGAGAGAGAGGACAGCGGUCACGUCCAUGUACAAUCCCGUCCUGAGCGUCACACACACACAGGAAGUGUUGCAGGGGAAGAAUAAGACCAUAGGUAUUUUAACAGUUGGCAAGGCAUUAAUAUCUGGCAUCUAUCGCUGCGUGGCUUCCAACUCAUUGGGCACAGAUGAACUGGACAUCCGCUUCUAUGUCACAGACGUCCAAGGAGGCUUCAGCGUCUCUGGGGACUCAGAGGAGGGGCCAAGGGAGGGCAGAGACUAUCACCUGUCCUGUGUAGCCAAUAAGCACCUGUAUUCCAACAUGUCAUGGCACAGAGUGACAGGCAACUCAGCAGGCAUGAUGGACGGUCCACCUCUGGUUGGAGAGCUGAUGGAGGGAGAAUACUCUCUCACUCUGCGCUUGACUUUGACAAACCUGACAGCGCAAGACUCGGGGAUGUACCGCUGCUCUGCGACAAAACUGGUCACGGGGCAGCAUUCACACCAGGAUACACUCGUGACAGUUGCAGUUCUGGAGGCGCCAGUGCUGCUGCAGAACCUCAGCGAUUGCAGUGUGAAUAUCAGCAACUCUGUGACUCUUCAGUGCCAUGCGAGUGGAGUGCCACGUCCUCUCAUCACAUGGUACAAGGACCGGAGGAAGCUCAAGCAGGUGUCUGGUAUCAUGCUGGUGCCAGAAGAUGGCACUCUUCACAUCGACCGCAUCACUGUUGAGGAUGAGGGCUUGUAUACAUGUCAGGCCACCAAUGAGAGAGGAUCUGCAGAGAGCUCGGCUUACAUUUCAGUCGAAAAUUCUGAGUCUUUCUCUUUGGAGAUCCCCACGUUAGCCUGCACCUGUGUGGUAGCCACUCUCUUCUGGCUGCUCCUAACGCUUCUCAUCCGCAAGCUCAGACAGCCAAACUCAACAAAUGGAAAGACAGAAUACCUGCCAAUCAUCCUGCACCAGGGGGAGGGGCCUCUAGAUGAACACUGCGAUAGGCUCCAGUAUGACGCCGAAAAGUGGGAGUUCCCACAAGAGCGUCUUCAGCUGGAAAAGCCACUGGGACGAGGGGCAUUUGGCAGAGUGAUGCAGGCAUCUGCCUUUGGUAUCAGCAACUCAACCUGCUGCACCACAGUGGCUGUCAAAAUGCUCAAAGAGGGAGCCACGCCAAGCGAGCACAAGGCACUAAUGACCGAGCUGAAGAUCCUCAACCAUAUCGGACAUCACCUCAAUGUAGUUAAUCUCCUUGGUGCCUGCACCAAACCAGGAGGUCCUCUUAUGGUCAUAGUAGAAUACUGCAAGUAUGGCAACUUGUCCUCAUACCUAAGGAGCAAGAGGGACGUGUUCAUGCUGACCAGGGUGAAAGGGGAAGAGGAAAGGGGACAUCAGGAUGAGUGUAAGAGCUGUGUGGAGAGCCAGAACAUGCAGAAAGUCAGCUCUGAGUUAGAGGGUGAGAGACAAGAGGAAAACGAGGCAAAUAAUGGUUCUGUCUCGUGCAUGAACAUGCCUCUACACCUAGAGGACCUGAUCUCAUACAGCUUCCAGGUGGCCAGAGGCAUGGAGUUCCUCGCCUCACGCAAGUGUAUACACCGAGACCUUGCUGCCCGAAACAUCCUGCUAUCUGACAAUAAUGUGGUGAAAAUCUGUGACUUUGGCCUGGCCCGAGACCUUUACAAAGACCCUGAUUACGUCCGCAAAGGGGAUGCUCGCUUACCGCUGAAAUGGAUGUCUCCAGAAUCCAUCUUCGACAAGGUCUUCACCACUCAGAGUGAUGUGUGGUCUUAUGGUGUUCUGCUCUGGGAAAUCUUCUCACUUGGGGCGUCCCCGUAUCCAGGACUCAACAUCGACGAGGAGUUUUGCCACAGACUGAAACAGGGAACUCGAAUGCGUGCCCCAGAAUACAGCACCCCUGAAAUAUACACCACCAUGCUGGAGUGCUGGGAGAGAAAUCCGUCAGACAGACCCACCUUCACUGAGCUAGUAGGAACGCUAGGAGACCUUCUCCAGGCCCGCGUGCAACAGAAUGGGAAGGAUUACAUCCCCCUGAACACAUUUUUGCCUGGAGAGAGUGGUGCAGAGCAUCUGGACUACAGAGACAUGCACCAAGGAAGCCCGAGCUACAUCAAUACCAGAAUCGAUACCAUUGCCACGUUUGAAGAGAACCUCAACAGAGAAGGCCCAGAAGAUUCCCAGUCAGACAGUGGCAUGGUUCUCCCAUCUGAAGAGUUCAUCCAGCUCAAAUGGACUGACAAGUUCAAAACCAAAAAGAUCACCAGGUUCUUCUUGAAAAGCCAGCACCAGGAGAGAAUGCUCCCUUGUGUGAGCAGCGUCCCCUGUGGCCAGGAGGAGAACAACACUGCUGUCCCGUGUGGUUCACCUCCUCCUGACUACAACACUGCUCUGCUCUGCUCUACCCUUCUCUUUAACACACACUCCUAAUUAUGACUGGGCAUUCAGUUACAGAGUGUAUAGACAAGCUUAUAAAUGUUGUUGUUAAAGGAUGAACCUUUCUGAACAAACAAUUUUUCCUAAUACUUCAGUUUAAUGCCUUUGCAAUUUUUUUAAUGCAGCUUGGACUCAUUGGAGCUUGAAGCAAUUUAAUUAUUUUUGAUUAUUUUAAUUUAAGCAGGCCUAUGAAAUUGUUCCAAUAAGUAAAAAUAAAUAGAACAGUGGAUAGUUAUGAAGUUGUUAGCAGUUUCUAGAAAGGCUGAACAGAAAACUAACAACCUUAAUUAUUAAACCCAAGUGUUUUAAUGCUAGUUUUAUCUCAAAUCAGUCCCAGAUUUUAAUUAUUUAAGUGAUACAUUGCUUUAGUUGGUUAACAUUAGUUCGGUCAGUAAGUGGAUUUAAAUUUGCCUAAAUUUCCAAACUGAACAUUUGGUGACGUUUCAAAAUACAAACAUUUGGUUAAAAAAAUUAAAAAAUUUUUUAAAAAAGAAAGAAAUGUAAAAUAUUAACAUCUCUGUUGCUGUCCAUAGGACAUGGUGCUGGAAGGUCGUGCCAUUUUUUUUCAAAAUCAUUACAAAACAAAUUCAACAUUUUGCACUUUUUAACAUCAUUUUGUUCCUCAUCUCAUUUUUAUUUUUAUUUCCUAGUAUUUUGCCAAAGUGUAUUUCAGUGUGCAGUUUGAACAUUAAAAAGUGAUAGUUUUAAUAGCUUUUUUAUUCAUAAAGCUUAAAAGAUAGCAGUAGCUAGAAGAAUGAUGUUCAGUAUCAGCAUGCUUCGACUCUCAAGUUCUUUAGUGUCAGGAUUCUGCGAACACAUUUUCCAGAGCAGAACUAAGCUCCACCCUGAGCAGCAACUGAACUGCAACGCUCUAUAUAUUGUCCUUUAAAAGCAACGCAAUAGGAUUAAGUUUGUUGCUCAUCAGUACUCUUAAUUGAUGCUUUUUUUUGGACUCCUAUGCAUGUAUUUCAGCCUGUAACCAAAUACAGAUGUUAUGCCCAGUGACAGGCAAUGCAGCUGUGCAGCAGUUCAUUAAGCUUUAAUGUGAUGCUUCUGUGAGCAAGGGUGUCUCUUUUAGUCAGCUACGGAUUCAUUUGUCCUUGCAUCUCAUUUUCAUGUACAUAUGUAGGAGAUGUUAUAAUUUCAGGAAAGGAAGCUAGGAAAUGAAACAAGGAAGUGUGAUUAAUGAAAUGAGAAGUCGAGAGGAAGUUGAGGGGAAUGAAGAGACAUUACAAAUUACACUUUUAAAGGAAACUUUCCAGGGAGACAUGGUCAUUUUUUUUUAUUCACCGUGCAGCUAAAAUGGUUUAUCUACUGUAAUAAAGUGCACUGACUACAGACUCUGUAGAUUAGAUGCAUCACAUAGAACUGUAGAGCAUCACAAAUGUCACAACUCUGUGUUGCCUAAACUAAUGCUGGACAUCUACAAGUUAUUUAUUUACACUAAUUACCUUAACUAUGCAAUUACCACAGUAUGUAUUUAUUUAGAUCAUCCCCCCCCCCAAGACACUCAAAUAUCCAAUGCCUUACACAAAGUGUAUUCACUCCAACUUCAAAUUUUCUAAACUCAUCUUAUAUUACAAAUAAAAAAAAAAGCAUGCAUUGGGACUGAAGUAGUAUUUAGUUCAGGUGCAAUCAGCAGUCAUCAGAAGUCACAGUGUGUAACCAACAGUUAAACCUCUGUGUAAUUAAAGGGUCAUGUGCUCUCAAGUACACCGGUUUCUUGAAGACCCCAGACUUUGUUGGAGAAUAUUCCAAAUCAAAGAGCAUCAUGAAGCCCAACCAGCAAAAACAAAACAGGGGGAGCCAAGGGUAAUGCAACAUGAUGCUGCUACCACCACCAUGCUUUGCUAUUCUCUGGUCUCAGGGUGAUGAGCAGGUGUUGGGUUCAUACAAUCCCAAUGAAGUCAGUUUAAGCUACAAAAUGCGGAAAAUUUCAAGGGGAGUGAAUACUGAUACAACUGUACAUCUUUUAUAAAAUAUACACUACUGAUUUUUUACACAGAUGCUAGGUAUAUGCUCCUAGAAAAUAUGUUUAUUGUAUAUUUGUAGCAGCAGCAUAGUAUAAUUUUGAGCAUUUAGUAUGAACAGGAGAUUUCUGGAGUGUUAAAGCCAUGGGGUGUAAUGGUGGUGUAACACUGUUAGACAGAUGGAAUCUGUAUUACAAACAGAAUGGACUAAUAAGAUGGACUUUAAAAAAAAAAAAAAAACUAUUAAGUCACCAUUAUUAAAAACAAUGCACUGGAGAA